AUGGCGUUCUAUAGUCUUGGCCUUCUUACAGCCUUCCUCCUGGGCCCUGUCUCAGCAGGUUCUUCCUCUGCUGCUGUGGCUAGCAGUAGCAGCAGCCAUGUCGACAUCCAUCUCCCUUCGACCUGCUAUUCAAGGCUGGGGACGACAUCUGUGCUUUCUGUCCCGACAACCACGACCACCUCCACCAUCCAUGACCCGAAUCCUGUUGUUGUCUAUAUCACUACUCAGGAUACCGUCACAGCGACGCCAGCCACCUCAACCGCGAUCGUUACCGUCUAUGAGACCUCGACUGUCACUUCGACUGCCAGCACGGUUACCGAUACGUUCUCAACCACCUCGACGGAAUACGAUACAACAACCCUGACCGUCACCCCAGCUGCCAUUACCAGUACGAUUACAAGCGGGGUCUCGGUCACUGCCACCAGAACCGUGACAUUCGCAACGUCAUCUGGCUUCACGCCUAUUGUCGACACCCUGACUGCCCCGACAGCUGCCAAGCGGUCCCUCUCUGAUGGCGACGAUGAGGAGACUUGUGUCCCCUGGCUUGAUGACUAUAAAUAUGCCACUGCGGUUGACUGUGUGGUUCGAGUCACUGCCCACACUACCACAACCUCGAUCGUCACUGCUACGCCAACUACGACAACUGCAGCCACACCGAUCACAACCAGUACCACCACAGCGACGAUUACCAGCAGCUCGAUCGUUGUCCCUGCCGAUGUUUCAACUACAUCAAGCUACAGCACCACCUCAACCCUUACCGCGACCAUCUCCGCUGCAGCGGUGACGAGCACGGUGACGGCCACCACAACCACCGUAAUUGUGACCACCACGCAGGAAUAUGAGGCCUGCGCGACUAACAACAUCGCCGGAGCCCCGCUGUCUGCCGAGUUUGGCUCCCUGGCUGGCGAGUACAUCAAUUACUUCGACUACAGUGACAUCAGCGUGUCAACCAUUUCGUCUGUGACUGAUCUGCCAACUGCGUACGACUGCUGCGUCGCCUGUAUCGAGGACUCUACCUGUGCUGUAGCCAUCUUUGAAGAUGUUUCUUCCUCCGUCCAGUACUGCUUUAAAGUUGAGACCAGUACUUGCUCAACGUCAAAUACUAUCGCCGCGUCUCUGUCAUCUGUACCGGAGACAUUCUCCAUGUCGAAUGGUAACUGUGGCGUCGUUGAGGAGGGGUAG